CGCGACGAGACUGUGUUUAUUGUGUCAGUGGAUUUUACUUUGAACAUAUCGAAACUUUAACAUAAUGAGAUUGUCAUUUAUAUUUUUAAUUGUAUUGUAUUUCGGUCUGGGAGCUCUGGGAUCUCGGAUCAGAAAUACAAGAAGUAGUGUGCCAUAUGAUUUAUUGCCAUCUUAUUUAAUUGGCGGUAAUUCGGGAACCGGGGGUGAACCUUCAAUAUAUACAAAAACAGAGGAUAUAAAGAAUAUAGAAACGGGUCUGGGGGCACUGGGAUCUUGGAUUACAAAUAGAAGAAGAGUGAGCCUAUUUGAUAUUAUUACAAAUAAUUUAAGUUACGGACAUGCAAGAACCGCGGGUCUCACUUCAAGAAAUAAAAAAACAGAGGUCACAAUUAUUAAAGAUGAUAUAAAGAAUAGAGAAGCGGUUAUAAAUUCUACACAGGCUACAAAUGAUACACCGGCUACAGAUGAUAUACUGGCUACAAAUGAUACCACAAAUGAUGCUACAAAUGAUACAAAGGAAACAAACUCAACCAAGGAUGUAUACCUAAAUAAGGCUCCGUGGCACGCGGGGCUGUACACGAAGACUAAGGACCCUUACAUGCAAAUAUGCGGAGGCACCAUUAUCGCUAACAAUGUAGUUUUGACGGCUGCACAUUGCCUCACACAGGACAGAAUGAAACCCAAGGCGUCUCUCUUCGCCGUAGCCGCUGGAAAAAUCUUUCGAUCAUGGGACGACCCGAACGACGUAGAAGCUCAGAAAUCCGACGUGGAUGCAAUCGAGAUCCCGCCGCGAUACCAAGGACAUGUGGGGAACUUCCAAGAGGACAUCGCCAUACUUUUCCUCAACAAGGCGUUCACGUACAACGAGUUCGUACGACCAGCUUGCCUCAACUUCAAUCCUGAUUAUGACAAAAAUCAGCUGGAGGGAAACAUGGGCAGUAUCGUGGGCUGGGGUCUGACGGGCGAGAACUCCUUGCCGUCUGAGGUGCUUCAAGCCGCUGAGCUCCCGAUCGUUCCCAUCGACAAGUGUAUAGAGGAGAGCCCAGUGAGCUUCAGGAGCGCCAUCACCGGGGACAAGAUCUGCGCCGGAUAUACCAAUGGCACAGCGGUGUGUCACGGCGACAGCGGCGGCGGACUGACCAUACCCGGCAUGGUGAAAUGUGCGAACGUCGAUCCGCCGUGUUUUGAGUUAAAUAUGUUUCUCCACGGCGUGACUUCCACCGCCCCCACUUCAGACAAGUCGUGCAACAUCUACACUUGGGCCACCUUCACCCACCUGCUACGUCACGAGCACUUCGUGAAGGCCCACGUGCCGGAUAUAGAGAAGUCUUGUGUGCCCUUAAAAGUGUAUAAGAAAAAAUAACUUCUACCUGUUUAGUCGCCACCAUUCCGCAAAGAUCAUCAGCCUGAUGCGGAGCAGUUAGACGAAACGCUGAAACGCUAUACCAAGCCGAUCCAAUUUUUAAAGGAAUAGACUUUAAUGUUUAUCAUAAUUUUACCAGGAUCUAAAAGAAUAAUCAUCAAUAUUCUUGCCGCUAGUGUAACCACUGGACAUAUAUGACUUAACAUCUCAUGUCUCAGAAUAGCGAGCGCAAUGGAAUACCAAACAAUACUCUCUAAUUUAAGUUGUUGGAUGGUAUUUCUACUGUUUAUGGGCGGUCGUAUCGCUUACCAUCAAGCGAACGGCAAGCUCGUCUCGUCAUUCAAAGCAAUAAAAAAAUCUCAAAAAAUCGAAUGGAGAAUCGAGUGGCACGAGCGUGAUCAUUUAAAGAGAACUUAUGACGCGGCUAUGUUUGUUUACAGUCGUAAUGGCUUAUUGAUUUUGUUAUUGACCCUUUGUAUUGACACAAUAAACUGCAUAGCAUUAUCAAGCUAAUUAAUAAACACGUUAUUAUUUA